AUGAAGAGGAAUACGAAGAAAGAAACAGAGAGGGAUGAAGUUGAAGAGUUGCUGCAAGCAGCACAGGACGAUAUGCUCCUGAAGCUAUCUCUCAACUCUCACUUGUCCCGCGGCGUUUCUCUCGACGACGCCGAUAUAGGCCGUCGCUUCGAGGCCCUCAAAAUGAAAACUGUUAUUACUGGAGCAGCACCAGGAGCAGGAGCAGGACCUGCUGCUGCUGCCUCUUCUGUCUCCAAAUCCAAUUCCAAUUCCAUUCAAGUGGAUGAGGAACUAAAGGAAGUCCUCGGUGACGACCUCUCCACCAGAUUCGCCGCCCUCAAGGCUUCAGUUCCUAUGCCCUCCUCCGAUCCUGCCGUCCGGUCGUCCGCAUCAUCCUACUACGAGAUCGACAACGACAACGACGAUGAAGAUGAAGUUGAAAAGUUGAUACGCUGGGCUAAGGAUGCCGCUCGCCUCGACCCUUCUCCACCCUCCGACGAUGACGACGACCAAGACAAAUCGGAAUCUGAUGAUGACGAACACCACCACCACAAUCCAAAGGGGAAUGGAACCGAUCGUAAAUAG